UAAUGGGCAAGAGUUUUCCGGCCUCUAGUGUACAGGGACCAGCAGGGCCAGGGAGAGGCCAGUGGUGGCCACGGGCCUGUGCCGCCCUCACCACCAAAUUUGUGAAGACAUAAAUAUCUGGGGUGUGGUGGUUAACACCUAACUCUCUUAAAUUCCAUAAUCACAUUCGACGGAUAGUGAACAAAGCAGCAUCUCUCUCUUCCAGCCUUCUUAAAUCAACAUUAUGCAUAUCUAAAAAAGUUUAUGAAAUCCCUUUUGGUGUCUCAUCUUCGCCCUUUUCUUGAAUUUGCUUCUCCUGUGUGGAACACUAUAUUGGGGAUUUGCGUUUACUAGCAUCUGUCCAAAGGAGAUGGAUUUUAAGAGGAUUAAUGGGCUGGCACAGCGUCUAAAAUCAGUAACAGGAAAACUUAUCAGAGCAGAUUUGCUGAAAUGUUGGAAAAUUUUUCAUGGGAAAUGUGGAAUCCCACCUAGUGAUAUAUUCAUCCUGCCACCAGCAAUAGGGACCCGUGGACACAUUCAAAAUUGUUCAUUGUUUUUGCAUUAGCGAAAGCAGACGACGUUUCUUCUCAUUUCGAUGUGUUAAAUACAUUUGGUGCUUGGAAUUCCCUUCCUGAUGAUGAUGUUGCUUUGGAGUCAGUCGAGUCAUUCAAGUCUGCCUCACAUACAAGUUUAGGUUUACUUUUAUACGAAUAUGUUGGAUAAUGUUAUUAUCUCAACUCCUGCAAUGGCACAUAAAUCAGUUCUUCAAAUUGCUGUAUUCACUUGCCAGUUGCCAUUACAUAUACAGGAACUGGCGUGCCAGCAGGUCAACACUGACUGACCUCCUGGGUGGCUGCACAAAUACCACUAAGACUUUCAAGACGCUCAACCUCACCAGGACCUUCCUACAGAAAACAAAUCAGCUCCACCGCAUAUAGCCUGCACACAUCACCACCACAUACCGCACCUUUGGGGCACUAGACUCCUAGAGGCUGUGACACAGCCUGCGCGGCCCCAACAAAGUCCCAAUAAAAAGAAGCCGUUGUCCCGUUACCGCCAGGCCGCUCCCAGCUGAGCUGAAGGUCAGUUCACCUCGCCUGCCUGCACCUUCGUGAACCCACACUCCACAGCCUCCGUGGCUGCUCGGUGCUCAGUGCUCCGGGGCGAGGAAACACUCCUGUGGUGCCGCAGGUGCCGCCGCCAGACACAGGAUAGAGAAGAGGCAGGAUGGCAGAGGAGAUAAGCAGGGAGCACAGUAGAGGAGAGAGGGGAGACAGGAUGACAAACAAGACACACGGCAGAGACAGAAGACACAUGGCGGAGAAGAGAAGCGUGGAAGAUGACAGACAGAAAACACUAAGCGACAAGGACAGUGAGGACACCCACCAGCCCCUGUGGAACCCCUCAGCACCUUACCUGAAGUGGAAGGUGUUUGUGAGGGGAAAGGACUUCACAUUACGGGGCAGUGGUGCAUGUGGGGAGGAAGAUGAUGAUGGUGAGGAGGACCACUCAACACCAGCCCAUGGGGAAGCCGCCAAAAGCUUCUACGAGAGUGUUGUGAGGCAGGACACCACACAGGGACACACCAACGCUGACACACACUGGGAGAGAGAGACAGAGAGACACAGCCACACUAGAGAAAGAAACAGACACAGAAACACAGAUGCACACAGAGAAGGAGACACAGAGAUACACAGCCACACUAGAGAAAGAGACAGACACAGAAACACAGACUUGACUAGAGACAGACACACAGACACAGACAGGGAAGGAGACACAGAGAGACACAGCCACACACACCCACACAGCCACACUAGGGAAAGAGACAGACACAGACACAGAGACUUGACUAGAGACAGACACACAGACACAGACAGGGAAGGAGACACAGGGAGACACAGCCACACACACAUAUCUAGGGAAAGAAUUACCGGAAAAACAGACUUAGCACAUGGACAAACAAACACACACACGCAAGACAGUAGAAGCACUCAGAACCCUUCACAGACACACACAGCGAGCCCACAGCAAGUCCACACAGCAUUUCGUUUAGCCCAGAAUGGUGACACUGCCGGCCUCUCUGCAAUGCUCGAUGACAGACUGAACGUAAACACUCGGGAUGGCUACGGCUGGUCACUACUGAUGGUUGCUGCUUGUGCUGGAGCUGGCAACACUGUGAGGACCCUGCUGGACCGAGGGGCAAGAACUGGGUACAGGGACGCACGGGGCAACACAGCACUGUACCUGGCGAUGAUAAGAGGCCAUAGGGAAGUGACGGAAAUGCUGAUCAAGGCAAACAAACCCACGAACAAACGGACAAACAGACAAACGCGUGAUUCAAGUACAGACUCCAGCUCGUCAGGGAAGGAAGAAGAGGAGGAGGAGGAAGAGGAGUAUUUCUGUGAUACAUGCGAGGUGGCUGUGAAAGAGAGAGAGAGAGUGACACACACAGCAUCCAUCGUACACCAGUUUAAAACAACAACAAGACAAACACACACUCAAUAUGGAAUCCCACCAAGUAAUAGGGGCUACCAGCUGUUAGUGGGGCAGGGGUGGGAUGCAGAAGGGGGCUUGGGGUCUGAACAGCAGGGCCACAAGUUCCCUGUCAAAACGGUGCUGAAGAGAGACAGGAAGGGGCUAGGGGCAGGCCGAGAGAUGGCCAAGGUGACUCACUUUGGCCCCGGGGAUGCUGGUGCAGUGAGGAGAGGCAGGGUGGGUGCCAGCAGGGUGGAGCGUAUUGCCACUGUUAGCAGGAGAGAGGUUAAGCAGAAGAAGGUGAAGGAAAAGGAAGAGGAGGUUAGAUUGAGAAGAAUGUUAAAUGAACCUGAUUUUUAACUCUGGUAAUUACAUUGUAGAGAAACGAAUAGAUCUGUAAUUAUGUAAUCCUACAUCAAAAUGGUUACCUAUAUUUUUGUGUAAUAAAAGCUUGGUGAACUAAA